AUGCCAGAGUCCAACAUUGCCAUUAAGGUGGAAACCCACUCUUGUAGGCAUGGAGUCAAGAAGAGUAACAUAGAGAAAAACCAAAACCAAAGAUGCAUUCCUUCAACAGUUCCCUUCAUUUUGGCCGGAGGUGAUGGAGGAGGAAGAUCAGGAGUAUAUCUUUCUGUCGAUGCAAACAUGGAAUUGGCAGAGGAAGAAGACAAAUUUGAUGUGUUCGGUUACCUGAAGAAACUAAGACAAUCCAGGAAAGGUUUAGUAGAAAAUGUGGAACAAUACAAAUUCAUCUACGACAUUCUGGAGGAGCACGUAACCUGUGGAAAUUCUUGGUUUCCUGUGAGCGAGCUCUCCCAAAGACUGAAACAGAAAUCGACCAAGAACGCUAUUACAAAACUGAACGAGUACCAGAGGGAGUACAUGCUGGUAUGCAAGCAGACCCCCAGGUUCACCAUCGGGGACUGCGCUGGGGGACACAGGGGAGACAACAGGAAGAAGAACAGGGACGUCUUGAUAGUACCACCUGACAAUUUCCGUCCCUACUUGACUUCAUUCCAAGGCAAUAGUUUCACAGAUUACAUCAAUGCAGUUUUUGUUGAUGUAUUCACGAUAGACCAUAUAUCACACAACCAUUAUUCCAACAUCAAAACCUGGGUGUUUCGAAUAAAUAAAAAAAUAGUAUCUCUAACGGAGCUCAUGGCUGGCGUCAAAGCCCCUCCUAAGACCGUCCAGUUGUUCCAAUUGACUUGUUGGCCGAUGGGCCAUAAGGUCCCAACCUCAACCAACUCCUUGGUAGAGCUGAUGAACAUGGUAGAGAGAUGGAGACAGAGAACAGAGUACGGGCCUGUUUGUGUGGUAUCCCCGGAUGGAAGAAGUAGAUGCGGAAUAUACUGUGCUGCAAACGCUUGUAUAGAACAAGUUAUUCAGCAUGGAGAGGUAGAUGUAUUUCAAGCAGUUAGAACCGUAAGAAGACACAGACCACAGCUUAUAGAAAAUAUUACCGAAUAUAAAUACUGCUACGAUGUUGUUUUGCACUACGUCCUGCACUAUUUACAGAAAGACCUAGAGGAAAUCAAGACGAAGCACUAGAACUAGAUACCUAUUAACUUGCUGUCAAGUCACCCAAUGCACAAAUCUAAUGGCAGAAAUAAAUUCCUUUCGGCAGUUUUGUGUCGCACCGACUGUUACAGAUAGUAAAUAUUGAUAAUGGAGUAUACGCAAGUAAUUUUGUACCUAUGGAUAUUCAAAUUUGACGUUCAGUUCUGGUCUGUGAUUCACAAGCAUGAAUUUCACAUACAACCAACUUUAUGGUUCUGGGAAUGACAUUUGUACUUCUGAGAUUUGAAGUUGGUAGAAAUGCUUCAAGUAACCAAUUUAUUGGAAUGAAGUAAUGAGCACGAUUUUUUCAUAGGUGUUGAAUUUUCUACAGCUUGUUCGACACAGCUUAGUCCAAGGGAGUAAUUUUUUGUAAUGAGAAACGAUAAGAAUUUUUAUUUUCGAUAUAGGUUUGUUAUGAAUACAUCAAAGUUCAGUUGCAUUUUCUUGUGAGUGAAAAAACUGGGACCCUAAAAAAUAGAGGUGAAAGAAAAGUGGUGAAAUCAUUUUUGUUGUUAACGUUUCGCGACUGUGAAAUUUUGAGCCUUUGCCUAUUUGUCAAUGCAGAUCAUAUUAUGGCUUCCCUGAAAAUUAGAUUAGUGUUCUUAGAUCUGAUUGCAAAAGUUUCUCAUCUUCGUGGAUUCACGAAAAUGUCAUAUUUAGUAAAAACAUUAUGCUUAUUAGCCAAGGGAUUAGAUGGAAUAUAUUUCAUUUUGGGUUAUCCAUCAAGUAAUCUGGUUCAAAAUGUCACUAUUUAGUAAAGCUUUCAAGUUAACUUAGUUCUUUUUAUAAGUUUUUGUUAACGUAAUAAACUUUCGAGGCCAAUGAAUCUGUGAAUUAGUAAUAAUAAAUUGUAUGUUGUGGUAAAGGUUGAAUGUUGUGUAUAUUUUUGUUACUUUGCCCCCAGUUGGUGAAAUGUGUCAUUGUCUAAAUUACCAAUAAAUUAAAGCAAAAGA